AUGUAUUGGUUUUUCAUUUUCCUCUUUUUGCUCGUCUCCUCGACUACAGCUUCUUUUCCACCCUGUAAUCGUUGUGUUCAUCAAUCCACAGCUGCUUAUUACUACGAAGAUUCGCCUACUUCAUAUGGAGGUGCUUGUGGUUAUGGAAAUUUAGCAUUGGAAAUCUCUAAAGGGUAUUUUGCAGCUGCUGUCCCUUCCCUUUACAAGGGAGGAGCAGGUUGUGGUGCUUGCUAUCAGGUAAGAUGCAAGGACAAAUAUCUAUGUAAUACAGCAGGCACUAAAAUAGUUUUGACAGAUCAAAAUAAUGAUAAUACAACAGAUAUUGUUCUUAGUAAGAAAGCUUUCUCUGCCAUGGCUUUAAAAGGAAAAGCUCAACGACUCUUGAAUACGGGACGUGUCGAUGUAGAAUACAAGAGGAUACCUUGUGAAUACAAGAAUAAAAAUCUAUUGGUACAAGUGGUUGAAUGGAGCCACAAACCAUAUUAUUUGGCAAUCAAAUUCUUAUAUCAAGGUGGUCAAACUGACAUACAAGCGGUCAACAUAGCUAAGGUGGGUUUACCGAAAUGGCGCCCAAUGAAAAGAAACUAUGGAGCUAUUUGGGAUAUCAAUGGUGUGCCUGAAGGAGGAUUACAAUUGAGAAUGGUAGUGACUUCAAGAUAUGAUAAUGGAAAAUGGAUUUGGGCAGGUUCUGUGCUCCCAUCUGGUUGGAAAAAUGGAGAAAUUUAUGAUACUGGAGUUCAAAUUAAUGAUAUUGCUUAUGAAUAUUGCCCUCCUUGGCAAUGUGGUGGUGAUGGACAAUGGAAAUAA